AUGGCCCCCAAAAAGCCAGACCCCAAGAAGGACGAUGCCAAAGCAGCCAAGGCGGCUCCCGCGCCAGCGCCCGCACCUGCACCCGAGCCCGAGCGCCCCAAGGAAGUGGAGUUUGAUGCCUCCAAGAUCAAGAUCGAGUUUACACCGGAGCAGAUUGAAGAGUUCAAGGAAGCCUUCAUGCUGUUCGACCGCACACCCAAGUGUGAGAUGAAGAUCACAUACGGGCAGUGCGGGGAUGUCCUGCGGGCGCUGGGCCAGAACCCUACGCAGGCCGAGGUGCUCCGCGUCCUGGGGAGACCGAAGCAAGAAGAGCUUAACACCAAGAUGAUGGACUUUGACACCUUCCUGCCCAUGCUCCAGCACAUUGCCAAGAACAAGGACACAGGCACCUAUGAGGACUUUGUGGAGGGGCUGCGGGUCUUCGACAAAGAGGGCAAUGGCACUGUCAUGGGUGCCGAGCUCCGCCACGUGCUGGCCACUCUAGGUGAGAGGCUGACGGAAGAUGAGGUGGAGAAAUUGAUGGCGGGGCAGGAAGACUCCAAUGGCUGCAUCAACUACGAAGCAUUCGUGAAGCACAUCAUGGCCAGCUGAGCCUCCCAUCGCAGGGAGCCCAGGGAGGCCAUGCUGGGGACCGCUCAUCCCCCACUCUCAGCGCUGACACCAGUGGCCUGGAGUUGUGGGGAGCAAGGGAGGGCAUCGAGGCUCCUACACCAGCUCCCUCCGCACCGCCCUGCAGAUCUCCGUGUGCCUGUCAUCUCCCUCUAUGAGCUGUGCCUCUCUGUCUUCACCCCAGGGGCCUCAUGAAUAAACGGCUUCUGUCCUUCC